AUCAGAGCAACAUGGCGGCCUCGGAGUGACCGAGAGUGACCGGGAGCGGCAGGAGCGAGAGCUUGUGUGUGACCACACCGGGGGUCCACUUUUCUUACCAACAGAAUGAAUACAGAAAAGGACUUUGCACCGCUUACCUCCAACAUUGUACGAGCUCUCAAUGACAAGCUGUACGAGAAGAGGAAGGUCGCUGCCCUGGAAAUUGAGAAAUUGGUGCGAGAGUUUGUAGCACAGAAUAAUACUGGACAAAUAAAACAUGUAAUCCAAAUCCUGUCACAGGAGUUUGCUCUGUCGCAGCAUCCUCACAGCCGCAAGGGUGGGCUGAUUGGUCUUGCAGCCUGCUCCAUUGCUCUUGGCAAGGAUUCCGGCUUGUAUCUGAAGGAACUGAUUGAACCAGUUCUGAUGUGUUUCAAUGAUGCUGAUAGCCGAUUGCGUUACUAUGCCUGCGAGGCUCUGUACAACAUUGUGAAAGUGGCUAGGGGCUCGGUCCUUCCGCACUUCAACGUCCUGUUCAACGGUCUUAGCAAGUUGGCUGCAGAUCCGGAUCCAAAUGUCAAAAGUGGCUCUGAGUUAUUGGACCGGUUAUUAAAGGACAUUGUCACGGAAAGUUCCAAGUUUGAUCUUGUGGCCUUUGUACCUCUCUUGAGAGAACGAAUAUACUCCAACAAUCAGUAUGCACGGCAAUUCAUCAUCUCUUGGAUCCUUGUUCUGGAAUGUGUUCCUGAUAUCAACCUGCUGGACUACUUGCCGGAAAUCCUGGAUGGGCUCUUUCAGAUCUUGGGAGACAACAGUAAAGAGAUCCGUAAAAUGUGUGAGACAGUCCUCGUUGAGUUUUUGAAAGAGAUCAAGAAAAACCCUACGAGUGUCAAGUUUGCAGAAAUGGCCAACAUCUUGGUCAUCCAUUGUCAAGCCUCCGAUGAUUUGAUUCAGCUGACUGCAAUGACGUGGAUGAGGGAGUUCAUUCAGUUAGCUGGCCGUGUGAUGCUGCCCUAUUCUUCAGGAAUUCUGACUGCCGUACUGCCUUGCCUCUCCUAUGAUGACAGGAAGAAGAGUAUCAAAGAGGUAGCAAACGUGUGUAACCAGACGCUGAUGAAGCUGAUCCUGCCUGAGGAUGAUUGCGACAAUAUCCAUCAGGUGUCGCUGCUGCCACAGGAUAGCAACACUGAUGCAGACCCGAGCUGCAAGAACUCCUCCGACGAGUUGAGCACUUACCAGAACUUGAUCACAAGCAACAACAGUGGUGCAUGUAUCACUAUAGACUGUUCUCGGGAGACCCUCGACUUAGAUGGGAUUGUGAUGGUGCUGGAUCGCCACCUUCAUGAUACAGUUACAGGGAUGAUGACACGAAUUGCUAUCUUGAAGUGGUUGUAUCAUCUUUAUAUCAAAACUCCUAGAAAGAUGUUCUGGCACACGGACGGACUAUUUCCCAUGUUGCUGAAGACUCUGUCUGAUGAGUCAGAUGAGGUGAUCUUGAAAGACUUGGAAGUGCUGGCAGAAAUUGCCUCAUCUCCAGCAGGUCAGACAGAAGGACAUGAUUCAAGUGAAAGCAUCAGCACCCAAAAUAGGCAAUCGGAGCUGCACAUCCCUAUUUCAUCCUCCCCACAAUUGAACUCUUCGAAGCCACGCACAUUGGAGUGCUCUCCCUCGACUCCCACCAUGAACUCUUACUUCUUCAAGUUCAUGAUCAACUUGUUGAAGCAGUUCAACAAUGAGAAAAGUCUGCUGGAAAUUCGAGGGCCUUUUAUCAUCCGGCAACUAUGUCUCCUGUUAAAUGCUGAGAACAUUUUCCAUUCCAUGGCUGAAAUCCUACUUCGUGAAGAAGACUUGAAAUUUGCUUCAACCAUGGUCCAGACUCUGAACUCCAUCCUCUUAACAUCAACUGAACUCUUCCAACUUCGAAAUCAGCUGAAGGACCUGCACACAGUGGAAAGCUGCAAUCUGUUCUGUAGCUUGUAUCGUUCCUGGUGUCACAACCCUGUGGCCACAGUCUCCCUCUGCUUCCUCACACAGAACUACAAGCAUGCCUAUGAUCUCAUUCAGAAAUUUGGGGAUUUAGAAGUGACGAUAGAUUUCCUGACCGAAGUGGACAAGCUGGUGCAGUUGAUCGAGUGUCCAAUUUUCACAUAUCUGCGGCUGCAACUCCUUGACGUUGAGAACAAUCCCUACCUGAUCAAGGCCCUGUACGGACUUCUCAUGCUUCUGCCUCAGAGCAAGGCAUUCCAGCUCCUCUCCCAACGCCUGCAGUGUGUGCCCAACCCCGAGCUGAUGCGAGCCACGCCCAGUGAGAAGUCCACGACCUCCAACAGGCAAGUUCCUUCAGAAAUCGACUAUAACGAACUUCUACAACACUUUGAGAAAGUGCAGAAGAAACACCUGGAGGCCAGGCACCAACGAGCAGGUCGCAAUGAUCAGCUGGAGAGGAAGCUGCCCUUGUGAGACUGGACUCCAGCCACACUUGACUCUCGGAUUUCCAGUUUUGGGACUUGCUAAAACUAUGGAGCCAGCUUAGUCAGGUUGAUCCACUAAUUUUGCCAUGUAUGUUCCUUCACCACUACACAUAUUCACUGCACAUAGUUUGGCCAAUAUUCCUCUGUUGAUUUAUAAUCCCAGGAGACUUUCACAAUAUAGUGCCCAAUGCAUCCCCAUUGACCCAUGUGGUUCAUCCUUCACACUUCCUCUGCUUAUCCAGCCUGUGUACAGUAGUCUUCUUCAUAGAGUUCAUUACCUCUUAUUCAUCAUUAAUUCACACAUUACUUGGCCGAUUUCCCUUUCAUAUUUCAGAUCAAUAUCCUCAUUAAAACUGUUCCUCAUUCCACAUACAGGACCAAUGGUUUUAAUUGAAUUCGGUAAUGUAAUCCCUUUGUCUGUUUUAUUGCGCUGCAGUGCAGUUACGAAGCCUUGUCAACAGCGUCUUGAGCAGAGUCAGUUUGUUCCUGCUGCUCAUGACUGGUUUUGGCCAACAGAGACAUGAUCCAUAGCUUGAAAUGGGGAGGGAAAGUCUUCUCAGGUAAAGGCUGGGCAGGGACAUUGUCGAAAGGAACAGAACAUCUCACAACCUGUCCUUCGAGAUACUUGAUGCAGAUGUCAAUGUCACACUGCUAGAGAUGAAGUGAUUUUAACAGAAAGUGAUUUUGUAAAGAAAACAAAGAUUCAUCAAAUUAAAUGGAAUGAAACAAAAGGUGUUCUCUCGUUGCAACUGACAGUGGUCAAAGUACACUUACUCCUCUCCUAAGUGUGUCACAUUAAAAUGAAGUAUUUGUGAAUCAGGGGUCUGGUCAAUGAUUGCUGGUUUAAGCCUCACCUGAGUUCAUUUGUGAGACAAUUUGGAGAAUCAUCUCAAAAUUAAUAUCUGUGCACAAGAUAGAAUAAUGUUAAAAAAAACACCAAAUCCUGAAAUCUUCAGUGCUCAAGUAAUGCAAAGCUGAUGUAAUAUCUUCCCAAAGCAGAGCUGGGGAAUGGGCCACACACCACACCUUGUUUCCCACACUUCAAUACUAUUUAUUCACAAGACUGCUGAAUGCAAUGUAACUGUGUCUCUGUUUUAAUUGACUACUGCACUAAGAGUUGUUUGGGAGAAGGGUGUGUGACAGGAGAGCAAUAUUGAAUAUUGAAGUUUUUGUGACAUUUUAUAAAUUACUUGUCUGUUACUGCUGUUUAUAUUCUGCAGGCCUUCAGUGGCUUGUGUUUUAUUUGGUGACCUGGACUUAUUUGUACCAAUCUGGGGUCAUUGGAGGACUUGCACACAAGUCAGUAAUUGGAUUAAUGAAAUUGCUUUUGCGUUUGUUUAUUCCUUUUAUAGAACAGAGUAUAUCUUGACACCUCCAGGGGUGGCAUUCUAAUUUACUCAUAAAGUGCAGCAAAAUGUCUCAGAAAUGCUUGACAGAAACCACUGAACCACAUUCGUAUAUGAAGGAGUGUAAUCCAUUUCCCAAGUGUUGCAGGAAUGUUCCUCCAGCCAAAUGCAGUGAUUGGAGGAAGUUACAUAAGACACUGCAGAAAAUCAUUUUCAACAUUAGAGCAGCAAAUUUGAUUGCCAGGGUGUUUAUCCAAACACACUGCAUCUGGCGAUGUCUGAGCAGAUCUUCAUGUGAAACCUUUUUUCAAGCAUAUCACAGGGAGCAUGAUUAAAUCACCUCAAAGCAAAUUGAUCCCUGCUCUAACUAAAUAUUUCUAACCAAAUUGACUCCCACUUUAUAACAGAAAAUAUUUUACGUGCAGAAAUGCUAGAUUUAAAGACAAAACUUUUACAUUGAGAGGAUGGUGAUAUUAAGACUUCAUCCUUUUAAACGCUGCCAUUUUUAAUGGACCACUUGGCAUAAGACCUCUCCAGAGACAAGAACCAUGUAAAAAUCAAACACUGCCUCACAAAGUUGAAGCCCACAGUGGUUCAUGUCUGUAAAGUAUCAUCCACUUGAGGUGGUCUCCAUCUUUCAUUGGCAGCAUGAAGUUGAUGUUGUUGUUAGUGGCUAUUGUAUCUCUGUAAUUUCUCAAAGUUUCUUCAAAAGCUGAAUGAUUGCAUAAUGUACAUUUGGUAGGACACACAAAAGCUGGUUGGUUGUCCUAGCAUCUUCAUCUUCACUCUCAUCUCUCUCCCAACCCUUUCUCCUUUUCCACCUUCCCUUUCCCUGUCGAAAAUCAUGGAAGGGGAAGAUUUGCCAAGUGGCUGUUAAGUAAUUCUACGCGUGUCCAGGGACCACUUAGUUGAUGCCAAUGGACAGGAUCUUUCAUCUUUUUGUUACAAUGAAGCAGCAAAAAGAGGAAUUCCUUUUAUAUACCCGUCACAAACUUAAAGCUGUUCACUGCCCUUCUUUAUAUAUUUUGGAAUCUGUCUCAUACUGCAGAAAAGUAAAUGUACAUCACUGAUUUAAUUCACACAGAUGUCAAGGCAAUACAGUUAAGACCUCACUUAAAAUACUUAUAUUUUCAGAGACUCUGAAUAAAUCCAAAAUCUCAUCUUAGAUUCCACCCCUCCACCCAAUCUCUUUCACAAAUUCUGCACCAGUAUCACUUCAUCUCGUGUUGUUCAUGAACAGACCCUCUGCCACAGCUACUGCUCCUCUCUAUUUUAAACAGGACCUGUUAUGACCACUCUGUUUAGUCCAGAGCAGGGUCUGGCUGCUUUACGCUGAACUCAUGUCUGUCCAUAGUCCCAAUUUGUAUUUUGUAUUCCCUGAGAUCCAGCAUUGUUUCUUUGUGUGUUUGCGUGAUACUGAGCUGGCUGGAGCUUAUGCGACUGCACAGGCCUGACAGAAGGUCAGUAUCAUAUUGCACCAUGAGUUUCAUUACAUACUCCACUUGCCCCUCAUGACAGUGGAACAUUUGAGACCAUGUUACUUGUUGUGUAACAUUCACUGAGUAUAGGAGUGUCCCACUCCCAAAAUUCAUCAGAGUAGGAAGAACUCAGGGCUCUGGCAGAAGCUAGCACGUUGAAGGAAAGGUGAGUGCACCUCACUGGUUGCAAGGAAGUCAAUGGCUUGUGUUGUGGUAACGUCCUAUGAAUUUGCCAUUUGCAGUGAUGAAAAGGAGUGAUGCGGAUGGCAGUAAAGUAGUUAAUGAAGAUUGAAGCAAAUGGAGGGAGUGUUUGCCUGUACUUGAGAGCUCUAACUGAAUGCCCAGUUGAUACACCAGUAGCUAGUUAUAGCAAAUCACUUGCCUUAAUUGCACUGAAGGUGGAUUACAAAUUUGUCAUAAACCUCUUUAAAAACUAAAGAGUAAGAACUAAUCAUGGCCUCAGAUUGUAAAUAAAGGCAGCAUGUCUACUGAAUCAACAUUAUUAUUCUUGUUUACAAAGAGACUUGUCCUUUGAAUUUAAAAUUGAAAUAAACUUAAGUUGUACAUAGAUGUGUAAAAGAAAUUAUUUUUAACCUCCACCCUACAUACAUGGUACCUUGUGUUUGUCAUUUUUAUUGUAACUUUGGUUGAUGACUUGAAUUUCCAGUUUGGGAUUAAGCUUUACUUUAACACAACAGAUUCUGCAGAUGCUGAAAAUUCAGAAUAACACACACAAAAUUCUGGAGGAACUCAGCAAGUCAGGCAGCAUCUCUGGAGAGGAAUAGACAGUAGAUGUUUUGGGCCAAGACCCUUCAUCAGGACAUGAUGAAAGCUUUUAAUUAAGUUCUGUUUCCAAAGUUACAGCCCAAAUUCUCUUCAAAGUUUUUGAAACGAAAUUUGAGCAGAAUCAAAUGGGAAAACAGUAACUAACUCUUAACUGGUUUGGAAUUCAAACAUAGCAAUUGAGGUUCAACUAAUCCUAGAAAUAGAUGAAAAAUAAGGUCAGAAUGAAAAUGGGCAAUCUGAAAAUAAAGAUCCCCAAGCAGAAAAGGAAAUCGUUCCUUUAAGGUUAUAUACAAUUCCACACUACUGUUAUGUUCAAUCACAUUUCAAAUAAUGCUGCGUGAUUUUCUUCAGAAUUGCUUCAUUUU